CAUCAUUUUGUGAUUCUUGCCGACGUCGAAGCCUCUUAGUUAAGAGAAGUAUUAGCAAAAACAAUAUCGAACAAGAUGAUGUUUCAAACCGGCGGUUCUCGCCCUUCCUCUGCGUCUCGCGGUCGAGGGCGUCACACACGUCCUUCUACUGGUGGAACAACUACGCAGCAAAGCCCGCAGAAGGGUGCCACUGCUGCACUCCUUUCUCAACAAGUCGUCCCCUCAAAUCGAGAUCUGGAGAAAACGCUGACAAAAUACCUGAAGGAACAAGGGGCAAAAGUGGGAGUCGAGGUUCUCACCAGCUGGCUGUAUCAACGAGGCAUUGUGCGGUAUCGUAUGGGAGACUACCUGAGUUGCUCACGGGAUUGUGAUCGAGUCGCGGAACGGUGUGGCGGUACAACUUUUUAUGCUCAUCUUAUAGUCUUGAAGUCUUCAUCCCUUCAACUUUUAUGAAAAAUUAAAAUCUAUCAAUUACAUCUUCAUCUUCAUCGCACCUUCACCAGGUUGUGUCCACGGUCGGAUUCUCUUCCUAAACGCAAAAGCACAUCGACGAUUGCGCAAUUGGCGUUCUUUCGGUUUGAACCUGUACAGAGCUUGCGUCGAGGCUGUGAAUAUGGAUUACUACCCGAUGUUCAGUUCCGUCGCUGCCCUCUGUGUCAUGACACCCAUCUUCGACGAGACGGAGAGUCUCUUCACCGGCGUUUUGCUGGUACUCCAGAAGUCUCCGCGUGCUCUGCUAUCCUUGCUAAACAGCGGCACCGGCGUGGACUUUUUUUGGCAUGUGAUCGUGGACGAUUCCGCACGAAGUCCACCAAAUAGUCCUCGUUGGGCUGCACGAUUUAGGAAACGCUUAGAAGAUUUUGCCCAAGAGAUGAAUGCAGCUGUGCCUUCUGGAGAUAACACCAUCGCUGCUCUAAAAAGUGACAAUCUACUUCAGGCAGAUGCGGGAUCUCCAAGAACACCAGGAACUGGUCACAAAUCAGCGCACUUCGGAGGCUCUUCUACAUCAAAGACACAUGUGGAGGUUACUAGUCUCAAUUUCUCAGCAUCACCACAGAAGAAUCCUACCAAAAAUUAUUCCUCGCCCGAAGUUCCGACCCCGAGUAAAGGUCCGACGUCUAUACUGAAAAGCCCGUCUCGAGAUGUGGUUGGAGGUGGCACUUCAGGAGGUGCUGUCAUCUCGAACAUGGAGGAAGGAAUAGGCGUCACCGACAUUCUCUCCGACGAAGAGCUCGUAGCCGAACGUAAAGCAAAGAACAAGGCCUCGCAAUUUCUUAACGCAUUGGGACUGAAGAUUAUGAGAAUGGUUGGAAGGUUGUCGUUAUCAUUAACUAAACAGUUGUAGGCGCGGCACAAGUUUUAGUUUUAAUUUUUGUAGUAGAGUAGUGUUCUCAAUCCUCACAUUUGAAUUUUAGUUUGGCAACGUUCUCCUAGGGCAGCUGCCUAGUUAGUCUCCCUCUAAACUACCCCUAGUCUUCGGAAUGACCGAGAUGCGACACGAAGAAUCCUGGAUGGGCCCCUUCGAGUUGAGACCCGACCUCUUCAGAAGUUUCGUCAAAUUCUGCGAUCCCAACGUGAACUUGCAUCUGAGUUUUACGACUCUAUCCCUCUACGCGGAGUUGGUUCAGACACAUCCACAUCUGGUCAACCUGGACGACGACGUGAUGCUGAGCAAGGUGUUUGACUGCUUCUUGUCGGAGAAGAACGAACUGCUGCACGCUUGCACGAGGUUUUUGCUGUUAUGGUGGCAAGAAUACCUGACUUCUCCUUCAAGUUCAUGGAUCCUUCAAGUAGAUUUUCCUCCUCAUCAAAAUCAGUCCGAGUAUACCAAUCGUGAUUAUAAGUAACAAAAGUUCUUUUUUCUUUCAAUGUUGGAGAAUUUAUUUAGAAUUUUUCAAACCACUGCUUAACGUGCUACUUCCACAUCGAAAAGUAGGAAUCGCUGACGCUGCCCUACAACAACCUCCAUGUAAGUGCAUCUCUAAUCUCGGAAGUCCACAACGUGCGACCGGACGUGCUCCGAAAUACCAUGUUGGACCUCUUCGUGAAAUUCCUGGGACAAAAGCCGACAACUCUGCGUGCGUUCAUCAUGUGCACGAUGCUACCUCUGGUGGCGCAUGCAACGUUUGAUUCUGUACUUUUCACCAUUGAAGAAGUAGAUUUUCAAUUUCGAUAGUUCUAGCAUAUGACGAUGACACAUGGAAAUCAACAGGAAGUAUGAUUCCACUUCCUCAUCCUCCUUCUUGUUCUUGAUAACAUAACCUUCCCCUUGAGCGCCUCACUCUCAACAAAAUCGCCACAGGUUUCCGAUCCGAAGAGUUGCAUUGACGAAUUGUCUGGUGAGGAGAAACGAAAUUUGCUCAAGUAUCUCAAACUCGGCAUCGACAACUGCCUCGAAAACCCACAACUUUGGGCCCCAGUACGACGAAAUAUCGUCGGGUUCCUGUUGCUUUUUCUGAACCACAGCUCAGAUCCCUUGGACGAUGGGAUGUUGUUGGCCCAGUGUCUAGACGAUGAGAAGUUGGGCGGUUUCUUGCUGACUAGUUGCGGUGGGGGGACGCGUAAUGUCGAGACGGGAACGCGUAAUGUCGAUGAGUCUCCUAGCAAGAGCGCUUCUGUUGAGAAGGAAGGACAAGAGAGUGGAGCCCCUGCUGCCGCUGCUUCCUCAUCUUGGGGCAAGAUUCUGACUACAUCUCAUGGCGCAGUGCUGAUUCGUCGCAUUGUCGCUCUAGGCUGGCUGUUUCCUCAAUUCGCAGAAGGACGGCUUGUCGAUAAACUCGUCACGGCACUGGAAGGAAUCUAUGCGAAACUGGCUAUGGUAAGGGCAGACAUAAAAGUCGGAGAGGCAUCGAAUGUGAGGACCUUGCCGGAUGGGAAAUACUCGUCUGUUGUGAGUUCUCCGAGACACAGCAGUCAGACUCAGAACCAGUCACAAGGAGGCCCCCAAUAUCAACAGCACUCAUCAUCUAGUACCACAUUCUUGUCCCCGAUGAAGACGCCGCGAGGCCGUAGCUCCUGGUCUUCCUGUGGAAAGAACAGCAGCACAAGAGGACGAAGUGCGAGUCGUUCAGGACAAAAACAAUUCGUGGGGCAACGUAUUGGAGGCUUAGAUGACUCGCGUUUGCAGGCUCUGCCUGUUGGGGGACACAGUGUUACGUCUUUUCUUGGUGGGUCGCCUUCAUCGCCUUCGCCAACAAGACGGACCACUAGUCAAGGAUUUUUCGAUCAGAAAAGCGUCUUCUCCGAUGGUGACGGAGAGCAGCAGAAAAAGCAACGGAUUCUCCAGUCUCUGCACAUGAAGGCUGAAAAGCUUGAAGCCUUGGGAUCGGCACUGCUGAGAGCUUUGGGAUUGCUCUUGCUGAAACAGCCGAAUUUGCGUUUCGGCGUCGUCGACGACCCCUAUUGCUCAGGUGAAAGUGAGGCAGACGCGCAGGCCCGCGAAGGGAAGGAACAGCGAUUGCAAGCAGAGAUCCAGAGUCAGUUUUUGGGCAGAGUGGGAACGUUUCCGACGCAUCACGAACAAUGGCUCUUGUCGCUGAGGCCAGCAGUGCGAGUCUGUGGCCGCAGUGCAUUGUCCAACAUCUCAGCAACCGACCUGCAGCGUGUUUGCCGUGGUCACCGGCUGGCAGAACUGUUCGAGUCCUUUGGUGGGAAAGCCGGAUCUUUUUCAAAGAAUGACGGGAUUGCAUCGCCGAUCAAUCGAAUGCAACAGAAGCCGAUGGACUUUGAAACGACGAUGGCAUUCGCAGGCGGACCGCAUAGGGAAGGAACGCAUCAGUCAAUGCCAACUCCCAGUGCGAAAGAACAGGGUACUUCAAGAACCUCCAGAUCCUCAGUCUCGCCAAAUAAGCGAGUACAUGGUGCAGGUAUUGUGCAUGGUGGAGCAGCGACACAUGCCGCACUGUUGUGCGGCGGACCAGGUGGUUUUGAUGGAGCCACAAUAGAACGGCAAUUACGUCCGAGACCUGCGAGGAGAAACUCUGCUGGAUCCGCUAACUUGAGCAGUGCGAGUCCUUCAAAAGGCGGUGGUAUUCGUAGGCGUUCAGGUGAGCACCAGGCGGGAACGUUGGCGAUGAUGUCUCAAUACAGUGAAGGGCCUGGGUCGUCAGGAACGAAGAGUUUUUACGGAGGUGGGACAACACUGGGAACUUCGACUUUAAAAAACCACUAUCCUAGAGAUCGAAGCUUCUCUGCUUCGCCAACCAAACGUGGAACUCGAUGAUAAGUAGGUGUUUUUCCCUUUCCCUGCGUGAAUAUUUUUGAUGAUCACACUCUUUUGUCCCACAACAUUGAAC